UGAGACACCUGCCGGUCCGCCCGGGCGCACGGAGCGCGGUCUGACAUGCCGCUCGGUCCCCGCUCGCCAUCACCAUCCUCCUCCUCACCGCCGUCAGAGGCAGAAUACAAGCGGGGGCGAGAGCCGUCGGUGGCGGCUGGGAACAUGAACGGGAACGGGCGGGUUUGACGGGCGGCGUUCGGAGGAGAAAUCGGCGCGCCGGGUUUCGGCUGGAGGGGGGCACGCCGGCGGGAGGGCGGUGAGCGGAGCCGCAGGCAGCAGCGUCGCACCGCCCGGCGGAGAGGAGCCGAGUCCCCGGCCUGCGGGUGAUGCGGACGCCGACACCGAGCAGCUGAAGAUGGGCUUAGUCUUCCGUCUCCUCUGGCUCUGCAACGUCUUCCUGGAGGGCGCGCGGUGUCAGGGCGUGUACGCGCCCCCUACGGUUCGUAUUGUGCACUCAGGUCAUGCCUGUAAUAUUGACGAGGAACGCUACUCGGAGCGAGUCUACACCAUCAGAGAAGGAGAGACGCUGGAGCUCCAGUGUCUGGUGACUGGACACCCCCGACCACAGAUCCGGUGGACGAAGACGGCGGGCAGCGUGUCGGACCGUUUCGCUGACUCCACCCUGUUUAAUGAGACUCUGAGGAUCGGCAGGAUCCACCGUCACCAGGGGGGGCGCUAUUACUGCAAGGCUGACAACGGCUUGGGCUCCCCCGCCAUCAAGUCCAUACGGGUGGACGUCUACUACCUGGAUGAUCCGGUCAUUACAGUCCAUCAGAGUAUUGGUGAAGCCAAGGAGCAGUUUUACUAUGAGCGGACAGUAUUCCUGCGGUGUGUGGCGAACUCCAACCCACCCGUCCGCUACAGCUGGAGGCGAGGGAGGGAUCUCCUGUCCCAGGGCUCCGACACGGGGGUGGAGAUCUACGAACCCUUCUUCACUCAGGGUGAAACUAAGAUCCUGAAGUUGAAGAACCUCCGUCCUCAGGACUAUGCCAACUACACCUGUGUCUCCUCUGUCAGGAAUGUCUGUGGCAUCGCAGACAAGAGCGCCCGCUUUAACCUGUCCAACAGAACAGUAUCUCCAUCCAUUAAGCUGCUGAUGGAGGAGCCGCUGGUGGUGAACCCAGGUGAGACAGUGACUCUGGUGUGUGUAACAUCGGGAGGGGAACCUCCUCCCACGCUGACCUGGACCAGGAAUGUGGGGGCGGAGCUUCCCAGGAGGAGCAUCCUUAAAGGAGGCAACCUCACCAUCCGCGCCAUAUCCGUGGACGACGGGGGCCCCUACAGCUGCGUGGCAACCAACAACGUGGGAAACCCCGCCAAGAAAUCAGCGACCAUACUGGUCAGAGGUCUCCGUAAGGGUCGGUUCUGGAUCACUCCGGACCCGUACCACAACGACGACAACAUCCAGAUCGGGAGGGAGGUGAAGAUCAGUUGCCAGGUGGAGGCCACGCCGCCAGAAGAGCUGGAGUUCAGCUGGCUGAAGAACGGGCGGUCCCUGCGGAGCUCUGAGCGGAUGGUCAUCACCCACACCGACACUGAUGUGUCUCCCGGCACCACCAACCUCGACAUCAUUGACCUCAAGUUCACCGACUUUGGGACGUACACCUGUGUAGCAGCGCUGAGGAAUGGAGGGAUCCCUGAGAUCAGUAUUGAUGUAAACAUCUCCUCCACCACCGUCCCUCCGGAGCUGUCUGUCCCCAGAGGGAGGUCUCACCUCCUGGCUCUGGAGGGUGAGACGGUGGACCUGCAGUGUCUGGUCUCCGGGAAACCAAAACCCAUAAUCCUUUGGUCCCUGGUGGACAAGGAGGGGGCGUCGGCCGCCAUGCCGGAUGGCUCCGUGCAGAUGGAGAGCUACGACGGGGUGCUGCGCAUCGUCAACGUGACGCGGGAGAUGACUGGGGUGUACCGCUGUCAGACCAGUCAGUACAACGGCUUCAACGUCAAACCCCGAGAGGCCCUCAUCCAACUCGUGGUGCAGUUCCCGCCCACAGUAGAGCCGAUGUACAUGGAGAUCCGUCAGGGUUUGGGCCGGGCCUUCAGUCUGAGCUGCCAUCUGCUGCGGGCUCACCCCGCCCGCCUCCUCCACUACGAGUGGAAACUGGGGACCCGCCUGCUGACCAUGGGCCAGCUCAGUGACGAGAGAGACGACACCGACUACCACGUACGGGCCCUGAACCGCGAGGGCUACGGCGAGUACACCUGUGACAUCACCAACGAGGCGGGAUCCGGGCGCUGCACCUUCCUGGUCACAGGGAAGGCCUACGCCCCGGAGUUUUACUACGACACCUACAGCGCUCUGUGGCAGAACCGACCACGGGUCUAUGGCUUCAAGCUACAGUGGACCCAGAUGGAGCCCAGCGCGGUGGACCGCAUCGUGGCGUACCGGCUCGGGAUCAAACAGAUGGGUCACUCUCGUUGGUGGGAGCAGGAGAUUCCCAUGGAGGGAUCCAUCCAGAAGGGAGAGCUGCUCACCUACAACUUGACAGAGCUCAUCAAGCCGGAGUCGUACCUGGUCCGCCUGACGCCCAUCACCCGCUACGGCGAGGGAGACGCCACUGAACGCAUCAUCACCUACAGCGCUCCCAUCAACCCCCACCUCAGAGAGUUCCAGUGUGGGUUCGAGGAUGAGUCGGUGUGUCUCUUCACUCAGGACAAAAGCGAUGAGUUUGACUGGACGCAUCACAGUGCCGCCAUCCGGGACACCAAAUACACCCCCAACACCGGACCCAGCACCGACCGCACCGGGUCCAAACAGGGUUUCUACAUGUACAUCGAGACUUCCAGACCACGGCUGCAAGGUGACAAGGCCCGGCUGCUGACCCCAACCUUCAACGUGGGCUCCAAGAACAGCUACGGCGCCCCCACCCCGAAUCCCAGCUACUGCUUCGCCUUCUACUACCACAUGUAUGGAAAGCAUAUAGGUACGCUCAACGUGUUUCUGCGUCAGAAGGCUCAGGCGGCGACAGACACCGCCAUCUGGAGUUUGUCUGGUAACCAGGGUGACCGCUGGAGGCAGGCCAAGGUCAACAUCCAUCCUACCACCACCUUCCAGAUGGUCAUGGAGGGGGUGCGGGGUCCUGGCAUCGAGGGAGAUAUAGCCAUUGAUGAUGUCACCAUAGAGGAGGGAGAGUGUAAAGAUCCCCCACCCAACAAUCUGAGGUCACUGGCCCCGCCUGCAUCACUUCAUAUAUGGCAGCUGUCCAUCACCUUGACUUUGUCUCUGAUUGGCCAUUGGAGGUGACCCCCCUCCCCCUGGACACCUGCGACCUUUGACCUCACUUCGUCAAACCCCCUCCCCCAACUACCAAAGAUCACCUAAGGGUUGGGGUAUUGUGUGUGUGUGUGUGUGGGGGGGGUGUUA